CUUGGCAAACCCAGAACGUCAACAUAAAACAAACACCUGUCAUAGGUGAAUACAGAUAAUCUGACAGCGAAUGAAAUUACAAAGUAUAGAGCUUUCUUUUAAAAAUAAAUGUGCAUCUUAAUAAGCUUUUGACUUCCGGUGCACAUGGGCGCUCGCAAACAGAGCUGAAGCAAAAUAUUGUGACCAUAAGUAGAUACCAAGGUGUUUAUGAUGAUGAGAAGAGUUUCUAAGGUGGUUUUGAGUGUCGAACAGUCUGAAGGCGUCGGAGCUCGAGUUCGCAGAAGCAUUGGACGGAACGAGCUGCAGAAUCUCGACCCUUUUUUGAUGCUGGAUGAAUUCUGUAUCGCCAAACCUGCGGGUUUUCCUGAUCAUCCUCACCGUGGCUUUGAGACGGUAACCUACUUGUUGAGUGGAGUAACAGCCCAUGAAGACUUCUGUGGUCACAGUGGGAGGUUGGAGCCUGGGGACCUUCAGUGGAUGACGGCAGGUCGUGGGGUGGUUCAUGCUGAGAUGCCUGUGUCAGACGGACGCAUUCAUGGCCUUCAGCUUUGGGUGAACCUGAAAAGUGCAGAUAAGAUGGUGGAGCCUCAGUACCAGGAGCUGAAGAGCAAAGAGAUUCCCAAACCCAGCAAAGAUGGAGUCACUGUGAAUGUCAUCUCAGGGGAAGCUCUUGGAGUUAAGUCAAAGGUUUACACGAGAACUCCAACCAUGUACCUCGACUUUAUGCUGAAGGAAGGUGCAAAGCAUGUGCAGCCUGUUCCUAAAGGUUGGACCGCUUUCAUCUACACCCUCACAGGUUCUUUAUGCACUGGCCCCGAAGACGAUCUGCGGACGAUUGAAGCACACCACACGGUGGUUUUGGAAGAUGGUGAAUGCGUCAGAGUGGAAAACAAGGCAGAGGAGGAGUCUCACUUUGUGUUAAUUGCUGGUGAACCAAUUAAUGAGCCUGUGGUUAAGCAUGGGCCCUUUGUCAUGAACACACAAGAAGAGAUUGAUCAGGCCAUCUCAGAUUUCAGAUCAGCCACUAAUGGAUUUGAGAGGGCAAAAGUUUGGAAAUCAAAGAUUAGUCAAAAGUUCUAAAGUUUGCAUAAAUAUCCCCUUCUAUAAGUAUAUAUCCAGUAUGUGCUUUGUUUUUGUUUUUUUGUGCCUUUAACUUUAACUGGGCAGCCUCAAAAAGUGGAUAUUUAAAUCAUACUUUUGAAAUACAAAGUGGCACUUAUUUUCAAGCAGAAAUUCCAACUAAAAGAUUUAUAUAUUUUUAAGGGUGCAAAUACGUUUUGUGGCCACUAUAUGCAACAUGUUACACAAAUUUCUGAUGUAAUUCUGAUUGUAACAAAGGAUUUUUAGUCUGAUGUAUCACCUAAAAUCUCUGUAAUUCUUAUAAUUAAAAAAUAUAUCAUUUGA